AAAAAACACCCGCGUUACCCUUUAGGAACCAACCCCCUGGAACCGACGACGUCGAAAGCACUAGCCCCAAAUCAAACCCAACACCACCCAAACGACCAACCACCGGAUCCACGCUUCACCGUGAUGUUGCCAUACUGUCCCUUGCCAAUCACACCAACCCGACCCGCGUAUGAACUUUUCAUCGAAUUCCAGCUCCGACAAGGCGCCCUCCUCGGUGCGAUUAUAGCCCUCCCUGCCCAGACGAGAUCCGACCGGAGAACGACUUCGCCAGAUGGCUGAGGACCAUCCUCAGCCCCCGAGCGGGCUCGACGACUUAGGUAUCUUCGAAACUUACCAUCAAGCCGAUGACGUCCUGUACAUCGGGUCCGACGACGAACACUACGAGACCCCAUCCCAGCGACUACAGCGCUGCAGAGAGCGCUACAACGCUUUCAACCAGAAUGGUUGGCGAGUGCCCCCUGUUCUCGUGACCUCGAGACUCAAGGGACCAUUCAGCAGCGAUGCUUGGGAAAACCCAUGGCGCAGCAGGAGCGCUGUGCCGACCAAGAUCGGACGAAAGGACAAGACUGCGACUACUUGGAGAGUCACGAAGCCUCUUCAGAAUGCCGCCCCCGCCACGUCCAAAGCUCCCGCGGUUCCAGGACCUGGUUCCGUCCUUGGACUGAUGCCGGACACUGCAACAAACAUACUCAAGCCGAAUAUGGCGACCAAAUCGACGGCGCGCCGAUCAGUUCCCCCAGCUCAGGAGUCAAUCUUGGAACUCGGGCUCGCAGGCAGCGUCUUCGUAGCUGGGAGUGACCCAGCAAGCGGACGGAACCCCAGGAAGCGCGGUGCCUCAUCAACUGACUGGCUUCGACGAGUAAGCACCCCGAAGCGUCCCAGGUCCGGAUCAAGGGAAGGGCUACUCGCUAGCUCGCCCACCGACAAGCUUAUUCACAAGCGAUCGAUCGACCCGCCCAGCGAGCCGUCCUCGCUGUCUAGCUCCGGAUCCAACCAGGCUUGGAACGAGGGACUGCCACCUCAACCCCUUCAUGGCGUGUCAGAGUCUUAUGCUUUCCCCGGAGAGGACUCAUUCAUCGAGGACUCGUUCCUCAUUGAUGAAGACUCCAUGGCGCACACCCCAAUCCACCCCUCCCGCUUGCAACCUGAAAACCGGAAACCAACCCACUCAGCUGUGUCUCCGCCUACCAAAAAUGACAUGCCCACGCCUACCACUGAUUGGCGCUUGCUGCGUGCAUCUAGCGCAAGACAUCGCGCCUCCACUGCCGAAACGAGCUCUGCAACGAACGGCAGUGCGGUUCGUGACAGCAAAGAUACCGCCCAGGCCCGUGUAUCAGGCUCGGAUGCAAGUUUAGAGGCUCAACAAGAUGAUAGCUUCUGUUACCGCACCAAGGCAAGGCCCCUCGAUGUCUGGACCAGGAGUGACAUUCACCAGAGUAUUGAGACUCGCGACCAGGAACAACAGAAGGAGCAGGUUUCGGCGUCGUCUCUCAAGAUGACAGACCCGUCGAAUACGGAGCAUCCCAGUAAGAAUUUCGAUGCGGAUGAGUCCUCCUGGGCCGGGUUCCCCUCGGAUUCCGAAUCUCCCGCUGCCACGAAUCAUGUCACAAACCUCGUGACGGAUAUGGAGACCACUUCUGCAGCUUGUCCUGAGGGUAGUGUGGAUGGACAGGUGGAAGACGACGCUGUUCCAACUCUGUUUUCGGCUGUCAAGGCCGAUAUCCUCGCUCUGAGUCCUGCGAAAGCAAAUAUCUCUCAGGCCGUCAUCAAGCCAACUUCGCCCACAGGUGACGAAACGCUGAUUCCUGAGCACGGUUGUACGACCUCUUUUGGCUCGGAAGAGACUACUUUUGUGGCCGGGGCCGACACAAAUCGUGCCCCGCCUUUGUUCUCCGUGCUGAAGGAGUCCCGCGCCGACCCAAAAAGCGAAGAGCCGGCCGCAAUUGUCAGAGCAUACAAUCGGCAUCCCGCUUCUACUCAGUCUGCCUCAGCUUCAACUCCUCCACAAGCGAUUCAGGGGGCAGUGGUUGACUUACCACCAAUUAGCACUAAGCGCAGUCACCAAUCACCCGCGGAAGGUCUACUACUGUUAUCGCAAACGUCACAUGAAGAGAACUCCACUAUACAGGCGAUGUUCGCAGUGUCUAGCAUGCCACGACCAGAAACACACGAAGCGGCAAUCCUAGGGCCCGAGAUCCCGACCCUACGCCUCCCACCCAGAGGCUACCCAGCUGCAGUCGUUGAACCCGGAGAAGAUGAUGUAUGGGAUGGUAAGGUGGAAUACGACGACUCCAAUCGAGCGUCUCACCCACCAGACACUGGGGUCAAUAUGAUGUCCGACACGAGCCACGCAUGCGCGAGGCUUGCGACGCAGGACCAGAGCCCGUGGGCCGCUUCUCACACCGUACGGCUGCCCGCACAUUUGCCCAGUAGCCCAAUGAUCAAUCCUAUUAUAGAGCCUGCGCCAGUCAAUUCCCCCGAAGACAUGGCACGUUUAGGGGAACAAGCAACGCCGGUGCCAACUCCACAGAGCCCAUGGGCCCAAGUGGACCUCCGUGUUCCUUACGUCCCCGUCAACGGCGCCGUGUCUCCUUUGUCUCUAUCAUUCCAUCCAAGAGAAGAGGAGGUCCCGAACCCUGUCCUUCCCCGCCUUGACCACCUUGGACUAGACAAGGACCAUUCGCGUCAUGACGGACGCCCAUCAACACCCCAGGACAAGCUCUCCAGCCUUCCAACACCAGAUCUCAGCGCCUCCAACAAACCAUUCCGUCGAUUUCUGUCUCCGUCUUCCAGGAGCAAGCGACAACAUGGCGGCUUUGACAAUACUGAGAUAAUCACGGUUGAUGGGCUCCCUCGCGCCGCCCCAGGGAUGAUCGAAGAGGCGGUUGCGAGCCCUUCGACUCAACACAAUAGGCCAGCAAAACGUGUACGAUUCGCACCUCUCCCGGGUGAGAAAGUUGGAGACGACCAAAACCCGGCGAGCGCCGGCUCUUGCUACAGCAGCCCUCUGAGCGAUCCCCCCAGCAGUCCAGAUGGCGAGGGCGAUGGUGAUGAGGAUUAUAUCGAGGCCGGCUUGCCUCGGCAGAAGUCCCAGAGUGUCGCGCGGGCCAAAAAGGUUGCCGCACUGGCAACUGCAGCCCCUGCUCAUCCUCAGAUGGCCCCCACGCGGCCAUGCUCGCCGCCGCCACCAUCCAGGACAUCAGCGGAGGACCUUCCUUCAGAAGUCACUCUGUUCAGGAAGCACUUCGCCAAGAUGCAAGGCAAACAACAUUACCUCACCCCGCGACCGGCUUUCAUAAGGCUUCCCAUGGACAAGGACCACGUUAGCCCCAGCAGCCAGGCUACGGACGCGGCGGCUGAGCGAUUCGUGGGCGCGGACCGCCGUAGAGACGACACAGCCGAGGCUGUUCCCGGGGGCGGUUCGAAAGCCCCUUGUGGUAUUCUAAAGCUCCCGAGCGCGCUGAAGACCUCGAUCAUGUCCCACGACGAUGGGAUGGACGACGUCAGUGCCGUAAUCAACAAUCUGGGGGAUUUCCUGGGCUCGUGGGACCUGGAUUCCGAGCUGGCCAAGGCCACUGCCAAGAAAGAGAGGGAGCGAAAUUCAGAGUCACGGCUAAACCCAUUCAGCAUCUCCAUGGACAUUGGGCAGUGGAGUUAGGCGCUGGGCGCAGCAGGGCGGGCUUUCUGUCACCUUUGUUUCCUGGCCGCUCAUGAGCCUUGAACCUGUGAUGUUUGCACGGGGUGCCCGUUACCUAACUUUCCUUCAGAAACGAAUGCCCCCUUUUCUAAAUCGAGUUUCUUUUGUCUCAUCAUUUUUCUUCUCCUCGUAAUUACUAGAGAUAUGCCGCUUGAACCAAGUAUACUUUCAAUACUUGGACAUUUCGAAGCAUACCAUACAAUUGGCAACACUACUUGCUCCA